AUGGGAAAAUUAUUUAGAGUAUUAGUUUGGGGAAAGAAUGCUGUAGGUAAAAGCUCGUUAAUCGAACAAUUAGCUUAUGGACGUGCGGACGAAAAGCCAUAUCGAGAAACUAUUGAAGAUACGUAUUGUAUUCAAUAUGACAAUAGUUUGAAUGAGAAAGAUAUUGUUCUUCGUGUACACGACAUCGGCGGUGUCAAAAAUUCACCUAGUGAAGAAUUCGGCAAUAUUCGUCACUUGUUGACGUUAGUUGAUGCUAUCAUUCUCGUAUUUGAUAAUCGUUCCAAUGAAUCUUUUGAAUAUUGUAAAGCAAUUAAAGAUAUGAUUGAAGUCAAAACUACAGAUAAAAAUAGAAAAGAGAUUGUUCCUAUACUCGUUCUGUGUAAUGAGAUUGUACCUGAUGAACGACGAUCAACGGUAUUAACUUCGACAGAUUUUGAACAAUGGACCGCGAAAGAUAGAUGUUUUGUGGGCAAUCGUGUCUGGUUUGUUAAUCUUCGUGAUCGUACACGAACAGUAGAUGCAUUUACUGCACUCAUGAAAGAAUUAUAUAAACCACAAACAGCAAACAAAGAAGCUGCUGACCGUAGUCUAUUACCUCGUCUAGGCAUAGGCGACACUUUAACUCAAUUUCUUCAACGAAUAGUUCAUCUACAUCGUUUAACUAUGUACGCGUCUGAGAUGUUUUACUCGACACUCGUUGAAAAUGCACCGAUUUUGUCCUUCUAA